AUUUCAUGUAACGUCAUGGUCAGCUGUGAGCAUGCGCACUGGAGUAAGUCAAGUGUGCGUCGGUCAGGUGUGACGUUCACCAAGCAUCCCGCCAACCAGACGGCGUCUCAAGGCCACGGCGUGCGUGUGGGCUGCGCCGUGGAAGGUGUGGAGGAACCGGAAGUGGUAUGGAUGAAGGACGGCCAGCAGCUGCUGGGCAGCGACCAGAUGUUCAUCUCGCUGGGAGACCAGCACUGGGAGACUUUCCACAGCCUGAAGGCCGUCCAACAGCAGGACGCGGGUCAGUACUGGUGUGAGGUGGACUUCAACGGCACCACCUUCUCCUCCCAGCGGGCCUGGAUCACAGUGGAAGGCGUCCCACACUUCAUCCUGGAACCACAGGACGUGUCCACACUUCCCCACACGCCCUUCAACCUCAGCUGCGGCGCCGUGGGCCCGCCCGAUCCUGUGGAGGUUCUGUGGUGGCUGGGGGGGGUUCGCCAGGCCGAGGCCAGACCGUCCCCCUCCAUCCUGGUGGUCCCAGGUGUCAACAACACCCUCAAGUUCUACUGCGAGGCCAGGAACGCACGCGGGAUCUCCGUGUCCAGAACCGGGACCGUCUUCAUCAAAGUGUUGCCCUCAGCUCCUGUUGGACUCACAGUGGACCUGACCCCGGCCAAAGAGCUCAUGUUGUCAUGGCAACCAGGAUUCACUGGUCAUUCCCAGCUGUCCACCUGCGUCAUACAGCUGCUAUGGCGUGCUCCCAGGAGGAGGGACUUUCUGGACGAGGAGGUUGUGGUUCCUCCUCAGCGACACGAGGAGGUUGUGGUUCCUCCUCAGCGACACGAGGAGGUUGUGGCUCCUCCUCAGCGACACGAGGAGGUUGUGGCUCCUCCUCAGCGACGCGAGGAGGUUGUGGCUCCUCCUCAGCGACGCGAGGAGGUUGUGGCUCCUCCUCAGCGACGCGAGGAGGUUGUGGCUCCUCCUCAGCGACGCGAGGAGGUUGUGGCUCCUCCUCAGCGACGUGAGGAGGUUGUGGUUCCUCCUCACCAGCAUGUCCUCUCUGGACUCCAUCAUCACUCCAACUACAGCGUGAGAGUUUCCUGUGUUAACGAGUUGGGGGCGUCGCCCUUCUCUUCCUGGAUGCACUUCCUCACACCUGAGUCAGUGCCCACCACAGCACCCAGGAACCUGACCUUUGACCUCUCUGAGAAGCAGCUGACUCUGAGGUGGGCGGGGCUGGAGGAGGCGGAGCUGCAGGGUGAGCUGCUGGCCUACAAGGUGCAAUGGACAGUGGGAGGAGAGCGACAGGAGCCUCUGCUGUUUAAGGACACCUGGGCUCACCUGUCCGGGGGCGGGCGUUUCUUUAACGCCUCGGUCCAGGUGUCAGCCUGCACGCUGAUCGGAUGUGGACCGUGGAGCCCCUUGGUGGUGGUGCUUCCUUCUGCAGGUGUCGGCGUGCAGCGGAACCACCUUUGGGUAGGCGUGCUCUUCGGACUGUUGGCGCUGAGCGUGCUGGCGCUGCUCUUCUCCGUGUUUGCUCGGCGGCGAGGGAAGGAGACACACUUUGGGCGGGUUUUCCAGCCCGACAGAACUGACGCUUCCGUGUCCUUCACGGCCGCUCGGUCCUUCAACAGGAACGCUGGCGACAUGCAGUCCACACUGGACACUCUGGGCAUCAGUCAGGACCUGAAGAACAAACUGAAGGAUGUUCUGAUCCCAGAGAGGCAGCUGGUACUCGGUCACAUGCUGGGAAAAGGUGAGUUCGGCUCCGUGCGUGAAGCCUUGCUGAAGGCGGACCACUCACCGGCCCAGAAGGUGGCGGUCAAAGUUCUGAAAUCCGACAUCACCUCGUCAGGUGACAUCGAGCAGUGUCUGAAGGAGGCGGCCCACAUGAAGGACUUCCACCACACCAACGUCAUCCAGCUCAUCGGAGUCAGCCUGCAGCCACGUCCUGGUCAACGUUUGCCCAUCCCUAUGGUGGUCCUACCCUUCAUGAAGCAUGGAGACCUGCACACCUUCCUGCUCCUGUCCAGGCUGGGAGAUCAGCCAUUUGACUUGUCCCUCCAAGUCCUGGUCCAGUUUAUGGUGGAUGUGUGUCGGGGGAUGGACUACCUGAGCAGAAGGAACAUCAUCCACAGAGACCUGGCCGCUCGCAACUGCAUGUUGGAUGAGAAGAUGGUGGUGUGUGUGGCAGACUUUGGUCUCUCCAAGAAGAUCUACACAGGAGAUUACUACAGACAAGGAUCACUUUCUAAACUUCCAGUCAAAUGGAUCGCUUUGGAGAGUCUGGCUGACAACGUCUACACAACACAGAGUGAUGUGUGGGCAUUUGGUGUGACCAUGUGGGAAAUUAUGACCCGGGGUCAGACUCCAUAUCCAGGCGUAGACAACUCUGAGAUCUACGAGUAUUUGAUCCGAGGGGAUCGUCUGAAGAAACCCGCUGAAUGUAGACAAGACAUCUAUGACAUCAUGCACAGCUGCUGGAGUCCAGUCCCCAAGUGUCGGCCCACUUUCCAGCGCCUGGUGGUCCUGCUGGAGACACUGCGACUGGGCCUGUCCCCUACUGAGCCUCCAGAGGACUUCUUCCAUUAUGUCAACGUGGAGGCGGAGCAAAGAGAGGGAGGUGGGGCCCAGGACCCGCAGGAGGAAAACAGGUUCAGCGUUCCUUGGCGGCGUGGCGUGAAGGAGGGCGAGCGGGAGGAGGAGGGCUGGAUGAUGGCGGGGUCUGGCGCUGCGCUGGCCAUCGCAGGAGGAGACUAUAGGUAUAUGCAGGACCCCUGUGGGGGCGGGGCUGCACUGGAGGACGACGACGAUGUGGUUAUUCACGUGUGAACGCACCCAAUCGGACCUGAGGUCAGCUGACAGGAUGAACUUUGACCUGGAUUGAGUUGUGACAGUUUGUAGCUAGCAUGUUAAACGCUCACGCUAACAGGAACAACUGUGUGAGCGCCCCGAAAGAAAAAGCAGGAAGGACUUUCACUGUGAAGGCUGCUGCUAACACUGCUAACUGCUAAAUGCUAAGUGGUAGCAUAAGAACAAAACUUUCUAUCAUAACACAACAUUGAUCAAUUUGAAGUUAACUGUCCAGAAGUUAGCUUGCUGCUACCAUAGGCUGACCAUACGUCCUCUUUUCCACGGACAUGUCCUCUUUUGCGGCUGUGUCCGGGCGUUUGUUUUUUUUAAAUGCGUCUAAUGUCAGGCAUUUUGAAUUAGGGUUGCGUGUAUUUUCAAUGUAGGUCCAGGGUUAAGUUACCAUAUAUAUAUAUAUAUAUAUAUAUAUAUAUAUAUAUAUAUAUAUAUAUAUCUCCAUCCAUCCAUCCAUCAUCUUCCGCUUAUCCGAGGUCGGGUCGCGGGGGCAGCAGCCUAAGCAGGGAAGCCCAGACUUCCCUCUCUCCAGCCACUUCGUCUACCUCUUCCCGGGGGAUCCCGAGGCGUUCCUAGGCCAGCCGGGAGACAUAGUCUUCCCAACGUGUCCUUGGUCUUCCCCGUGGCCUCCUACCAGCUGGACGUGCCCUAAACACCUCCCUAGGGAGGCGUUCGGGUGGCAUCCUAACCAGAUGCCCGAACCACCUCAUCUGGCUCCUCUCGAUGUGGAGGAGCAGCGGCUUUACGUUGAGCUCCUCCCGGAUGGCAGAGCUUCUCACCCUAUCUCUAAGGGAGAGCCCCGCCACCCGGCGGAGGAAACUCAUUUCCGCCGCUUGUACCCGUGAUCUUAUCCUUUCGGUCAUGACCCAAAGCUCAUGACCAUAGGUGAGGAUGGGAACGUAGAUCGACCGGUAAAUUGAGAACUUUGCCUUUCGGCUCAGCUCCUUCUUCACCACAACGGAUCGAUACAACGUCCGCAUUACUGAAGACGCCGCACCGAUCCGCCUGUCGAUCUCACGAUCCACUCUUCCCCCACUCGUGAACAAGACUCCUAGGUACUUGAACUCCUCCACUUGGGGCAGGGUCUCCUCCCCAACCCGGAGAUGGCACUCCACCCUUUUCUGGGCGAGAACCAUGGACUCGGACUUGGAGGUGCUGAUUCUCAUUCUGGUCGCUUCACACUCUGCUGCGAACCGAUCCAGCGAGAGCUGAAGAUCCCGGCCAGAUGAAGCCAUCAGGACUACAUCAUCUGCAAAAAGCAGGGACCUAAUCCCGUGGCCACCAAACCGGAACCCCUCAACGCCUUGGCUGCGCCUAGAAAUUCUGUCCAUAAAAGUUGUGAACAGAAUCGGUGACAAAGGACAGCCUUGGCGGAGUCCAACCCUCACUGGAAACGUUUCCGACUUACUGCCAGCAAUGCGGACCAAGCUCUGACACUGAUCAUACAGGGAGCGGACUGCCACAAUAAGACAGUCCGGUACUCCAUACUCUCUGAGCACUCCCCACAGGACUUCCCGAGGGACACGGUCGAAUGCCUUCUCCAAGUCCACAAAGCACAUGUAGACUGGUUGGGCAAACUCCCAUGCACCCUCAAGAACCCUGCCGAGAGUAUAGAGCUGGUCCACAGUUCCACGACCAGGACAAAAACCACACUGUUCCUCCUGAAUCCGAGGUUCGACUAUCCGGCAAAGCCUCCUCUCCAGUACACCUGAAUAAACCUUACCGGGAAGGCUGAGGAGUGUGAUCCCACGAUAGUUGGAACACACCCUCCGGUCCCCCUUCUUAAAGAGAGGGACCACCACCCCGGUCUGCCAAUCCAGAGGUACCGCCCCUGAUGUCCACGCGAUGCUGCAGAGUCUUGUCAACCAAGACAGCCCCACAGCCUCCAGAGCCUUAAGGAACUCCGGGCGGAUCUCAUCCACCCCCGGGGCCUUGCCGCCGAGGAGCUUUUUAACUACCUCAGCGACCUCAGCCCCAGAAAUAGAAGAGUCCACCACAGAAUUCCCCAGGCACCGCUUCCUCAAAGGAAAACGUGUUGGUGGGAUUGAGGAGGUCUUCGAAAUAUUCCCUCCACCGACCCACAACAUCCGCAGUCGAAGUCAGCAGAACACCAUCCGCACCAUACACGGUGUUGAUAGUGCACUGCUUCCCCUUCCUGAGGCGGCGUAUGGUGGUCCAGAAUCGCUUCGAAGCCGUCCGGAAGUCGUUUUCCAUGGCUUCCCCGAACUCUUCCCAUGUCCGAGUUUUUGCCUCCGCGACCGCUAAAGCUGCACACCGCUUGGCCCGUCGGUACCCGUCCACUGCCUCCGGAGUCCUAUGAGCCAAAAGAACCCGAUAGGACUCCUUCAGCUUGACGGCAUCCCUCACUGCUGGUGUCCACCAACGGGUUCUGGGAUUACCGCCACGACAGGCACAAACAACCUUGCGGCCACAGCUCCAAUCAGCCGCCUCGACAAUAGAGGUUCGGAACAUGGUCCACUUGGACUCAAUAUCCCGCACCUCCCUCGUGACAUGUUCAAAGUUCUCCCGGAGGUGUGAAUUGAAACUCUCUCUGACAGGAGACUCUGGCAGACGUUCCCAGCAGACCCUCACAAUGCGUUUGGGCCUGCCAGGUCUGUCCGGCAUCCUCCCCCACCAUCGCAGCCAACUCACCACCAGGUGGUGAUCGGUAGAAAGCUCCGCCCCUCUCUUCACCCGAGUGUCCAGAACAUGAGGCCGCAAAUCCAAUGACACAACUACAAAGUCGAUCAUGGAACCGCGGCGUAGGGUGUCCUGGUGCCAAGUGCACAUAUGGACACCCUUAUGUUUGAACAUGGUGUUUGUUAUGGACAAUCCGUGACGAGCACAAAAGUCCAAUAACAAAACACCACUCGGGUUUAGAUCCGGGCGACCAUUCUUUCCAAUCACGCCUCUCCAGGUUUCACUGUCGUUGCCAACAUGAGCGUUGAAGUCCCCCAGUAGGACAAGGGAAUCACCCGGGGGAGCACUUUCCAGUACUCCCUCGAGUGUACCCAAAAAGGGUGGGUAUUCUGAACUGCUGUUUGGUGCGUAAGCACAAACAACAGUCAGGACCCGUCCCCCCACCCGAAGGCGAAGGGAAGCUAUCCUCUCGUCCACUGGGUUGAACUCCAACGUGCAGGCUGUGAGCCGGGGAGCAACGAGAAUUGCCACCCCAGCCCGUCGCCUCUCACUGCCGGCAACGCCAGAGUGGAAGAGGGUCCAGUCCCUCUCGAGAGAACUGGUUCCAGAGCCCUUGCUGUGCGUCGAGGUGAGUCCGACUAUAUCCAGCCGGAACUUCUCUACCUCGCGGACUAGCUCAGGCUCCUUUCCCCCCAGUGAGGUGACGUUCCACGUCCCAAGAGCUAGCUUCUGUAGCCGAGGAUCGGACCGCCAUUUGCCCUGCCUUCGGCUGCCGCCCAGCUCACAAUGCACCCGACCUCUAUGGCCCCUCCCAUGAGUGGUGAGCCCAUUGGAGGGAUGACCCACGUUGCCUCUUCGGGCUGUGCCCGGCCGGGCCCCCUGGGGAAAGGCCCGGCCACCAGGCGCUCGCCAUCGUGCCCCAACUCCGGGCCUGGCUCCAGAGCGGGGCCCCGGUGACCCGCGUCCGGGCGAGGGAAAUCUGAGUUCAUUUUGUUGUAAUUCCAUAGAAGUCUUUGAGCUGCUCUUUGUCUGAUCACUCACCUAGGACCUGUUUGUCUUGGGAGACCCUACCAGGGGGCAUGAAAGCCCCCAGACAACAUAGCUCCUAGGAUCAUUGGGACACGCAAACUCCUCUGCCACGGUAAGGUAGCAGCUCAGAGAGGAGAUAUAUAUGUGUGUGUGUGUGUGUGUGUGUGUGUGUGUGUGUGUGUGUGAAUUCUAGCUGUAAACAUUGUAGCGGCUGGCUACGGGUUGUUAGCCAAUGGCUUUGGCUGGGGGGCGGGACUUCCGGGGAAGUGACGCUAUUGACAGGAAGUGUUGGUUCGAGUUUUGUCGGGAAAAGGAAAUAGACUUUUUGGUAAACACUAAGGUGAGUGUAAAGUCAACAUUUUUAACUCCAGUAAAUGAGUUAUUUUAGUAUUUGUGAGUCCAUGGAAACUUCACUUUUAUCGCCCGCUGGUUCCACAUCGUUCGAGGAUGGAGACAGGCUAGCUGUUAGCUUCAAGCUAACCAGCACCGGAGCAGACUCCUCCACCUCAAAAACAUACUUUGCAGGUCAAAAAAUGGGGCAGUUGUUUGCCUUUUGUAGUGUUAAUGUGCGAGGAUUGUUCAAAAGGAGUCUUUUGAAGAAGUGGCUGACAAGUUAGCAUCGCUGACAGUGACGUCAUCACCGUCAUUGUUUACUGAAGCAGAGAUGGUGACUGUGUGUUAUGAUAAACGCGAUAGAUUUAUCAGAUUUUAUAUUUUAUUAUCUAUAACAGGGGUAUCAAAAGUGUGCCAGAGAUGCCAUUUGCGGCCCACAGCUGUUUUAAAGGCCCACGGAACAUUCUAAAAAUACUAUUAAAAUAAACUAAAACAUAACAAAAGUGAAAUAAAAAAGCUUAAAGGUGAAAUGAAAUUUAGAAAAAGUUGCAAUGUUGACUAAUAAAACAAUUGUUUUUUUCUUUCAAA